GCUCCUCUGAGUUAAGGUCAUGCGUUGCUCUUCUGAAGUUUGAAAAACAGAACACACAAACCAAUCAGUUUUUUGUUUUCUUUAAAUUCUUGAUGCAAACGUGGGGUACACUGCUUGCGAUAAACCUUAGCCAAAGGUAUUUCUCAGUACUGUAGUUCUCACAUGGAGUGACAGAACAGUCUUCGUAUAUGGUACUGUCCUGGAAUGGUACAUCUGGUACUGCAGUCUCCCCUGGGAAAUGUGGUUAGGUGGCUCCACUGCUCUGUAAUGUGUCUUUUUGACUAAGUACAGAACUGCACGUUGCUGUAAUAUAGGAAAAGGCAGUUCAGGCCUCUUUGAAGCCAGGUUCCUAGGUCUUGUUUGUAUUCACAAAUUAAAGCUGAAGAUGAUCUAAAAUAUCACGUUCUGUAGAAUUAAUUGCUUGCAGGGUUGUUUCUCACAUAAAAGGCUGGAAUACCUUACGAUAAACUCUUGGCUGUUAGUAGUGACCUCUUCUAACCAUAAACACUAAAAUCAUUCUUGUAAGUUCAGAAACAACAUUUGGGGAGAGAGAGGAGAAAGGCAGUAUAAAUGCAGCUGUACCUCUGCUUUCAGGGCAGGAGGGCUCGCAAGCAUUCAUCUGGGGAAGAUUGGGUGGUGUUUACCAUCCGCACUUCCUAUGUGUCACGGUCUGAAUUCAGUUAAGAAAAAGCAAGGAAAACAAAAAAUAGCAGAACAACUGAAUCCUCCUGCUGCCUUAAGUGUUCCAUUCUGCCUCCUUUCAAAAGCUCUGUCAUUUCACGGGGCAAAGAUGCACAUCCUCACUUCUUAUACUCUCAUUUCCUGCCUUGACUCCUGCUCUGUUGUGCUGCUGCUUUUAUUUCCUCUUUCUAUUGUUAUGACCAAGCCUUUUUUCCUACUUUCUCAAGAUUUUUUUCCUGUCUACGUUGCCAAAGUAUCCACAGGUCUUUCAGAUCUCUUCAGUAUUUAAUUUUCCAUAGUUUGCCUCUGGCAAAGCAUAAGCAUUGUUAUGUCCUAACCCUGUAAUGAUAAGAGCUCAAAAUGCUUCCCAAACUGUUUGCUGGAACUGUGGCAGGUGUUUAAAAUGAAGAUAACAGGAUUAAAUCCUUUACUUUUUUUUUCUAAUGGCUAUAUGCCUCCAUAAACAGAAAGUCAAUAAUGAGAGGAAGAAACUUAUAAACUUCUGCUUCAAAAACAUUAGCCCUAGGAUACGUGCAUCAGUGCUGUUUCUUUGUAUCAAUUAUUAAUUGUAAAGCGUCUCGCAAACAAGGAUAAGCAUGCAAUGAUUACUCCUUGUCUUUGCUUUGACAAAGUUAAUUAUUCUGGGGUGCCUGCAUUAAGGCUCGCCAUUAUCUGUUCUACAAGUACAGCUGCUUUAAUAUGUUGUCAUGCAUUAAUUGCUUCACAUUCAUAAUUUGGCCUUGGAGCAAUUUGUUCAUCUGUAUAUACGCCUCAUGUCAACUAUCUUUCAUACCGUUCGUCCUCAGGUCUUCGCUACCUACUUUGCAUCAAAUGAGUUUUGCUGAUUUUUUUUUUUUUUUUUUAAUUCUUGUUAUUGUUUUUUAACCCAUUGCUACCACCACCAAGAAUUAGCUGGUAAAGAUGAUUUUGUUUCCCUCUCAGUUCCUUUAGUCUGCAAAAAAACAAAAAAAAAAAAAAAAAAGAGGAAAUAUGCCAGAUUUUAAUGAGGAAACUUCUCUGAGAGAGACAGAAAUUUAAUAUGCACUUUAGAUCCCAGUUGUGACCUUAAGAACAGCAAGCUUCAGCUACAAAACUGAAAUCUAAAGCUAGCAACAAGAAAAUGCCUUGCAUUAAUAAAGGACAGAUGACAAUCCAGGUACCUCUCCUGUUCCAUUUUUAUGACGAUUAACAUGUAUGUUUAACGUACCAUUGGGGAGCAGGUAUGAGAAGGAAAACAAACACCAAAGAAAGGUGGAGUUCAUUGAAAAAUGUUUUAGUGUGAAAAUUUUCCUGACAUAGGUGUCUUUUAUUUAUUUCGCUGUACCACUAUAGCAGACUAUUAACUGACGUUGCAUAGGUACUGUCCUUGAAAACAAGGUAGUCGGGUACUGACUGCCCUUGGAAAAAUCCCAGUGAAUCCUGACCAAAGCUGUCUGUCGCUGUAAGUGGCACUGCUGUGGGCUGUGAUGAUUGAAGUUCUUACAUCAAGUAUUUACAUGUUAUUUUGAGUAACCUCAAACCAGAGAACUGCGGAGGUGAUCAGCUUACUUAUUCUUCAUUAUUGUAGGAUUACAGGAAAUGUUAUGGUUGGAGAUGGGUGUUCGAGGCUGUUGUGAGGAGGUGGUUUCCUCCCAGUUUCCUCCCAGAGGGCCAGUCGAUGCCCAUUUCUUCUUUAUUUUUGUAUUGCUUGCGUGAGCACUUGUAGUGUCGCCAAUGAAGCAGCAGACACAGCUGCAGCAGGUCAAGCACUGGGUUAGCAGCCCCACGCUGCUGUGUUAGCUGCUGGCUGUGUGCUAAGAAAGCAGAAGUCGGGGCGGUGUGGUGCAGCUGUUCUGCACUAGAGAAGCAGCGCAUUGUCUGCAGUGCUGUGGGUUGUGCUCACACUGCCAAGUCUGGUAGCACAGCCCCACUGCUUUGGUCACAGCAUGCUUGUGCUUUCCCUCUCAGGCAAGCAAAGUCAUAAAGACUAGGCGAGGAAAACUUAUGUAUUUUGGGGGCCACAAUCUUGGAGUCUGUAAACUUCAUUUAUCUGCCCUAAGUGGGUACUGAGACCAGUGAUUCAGCUUUUAAGUUUAUUAGGUGCCCCAGUACUAGCAGGUAUUGACAGAGCAGUACCUUGUUCAGGGAGAGGGUUUGGCUUCCCGGAUUUGAACAGAUGUUGUAACCUGUUUCUAGUAGAGAAGUUCUCAUGUUGCAGGGCUGCCAUCUCCCAUUUGGUGUAAGUUGUUUGAAGCAGUGGGCCAGAUAUUGAAUGUACCACAGAUGGAAUUGCAAUUGUGAAGCAUUUUAAAAAGAAGAAAAGUGCAAGCACUGGUAACUGUGCUGUUAUGUUUCCUUAAGGCCAGAAGUGCGAUUUACUUAUCUAUUUUUGCUGCUUAUGAAAGCAUUUGAAUAAAUUGUUGAUAGUAACUAAGCGUUUUUAAUUAGUGUUUACACAGUUUACGUACAGCAUGGUUUAGCUCUAACAAGACAACUCUUCCUUUUAUUCAGUCAUUCUUUUUGCCCUUCUUUUCUCCCAGCACGCAUAUAUGGGAUCUUCAGCAAGUUUCACACUUCUGCCUUCUGUAUUCACGGAGUAGCAAUAUCUACUGUUUGUUUCCACCUUUUGACUGCAAAACAGACUCUGUAACCUUUCAGCUGCUAAGAACCUGUUAUGUGUUGUCUGGUAGGCUCUGGUCGGUUUCUUCUGAGUACUUGUCCAGCCCUUGCUCUUGUGAAUGUUUCUUGGCUCUGCAGUAUCCUGCCAACAAGGAGUUACACAAAUCUGCCCUUCUUUGCACAGAAAACAUCUCUGGUGAGAGAAGGAAUGCUGUCUCAGCUAAUAAGAUUUUGCUUUCUUAUCUGUGAUUCGAAAAGUUACCUUAGGGAUGUUAGCUACUUGGGAAAACAGUAGCCAGGCAUGACCUAUUUCAGUAGAUGCAAGGAUUCGUUUCAGUGCUUGUUUAAAAUAAGUGAGAAGGGUGACGCCUAGACUUGUCAGUCACGUGGAUGUAUAGCAAUCAAUGCAGAACUGUUUGCCUUCACGCUGAUGUGUGGUAAUACUGCAUAUACAAAACUUUCCUGUCCGGUUUUACCAUAUUCACUGUUCCGUUCAGGUCAAAGAAGGUUCUGUUAGAGCACUACUCAGUUCAUGGACUUUGCAGUUUGUACUUCAGUCCCUGGCCCGUCAGACGAGCCAGCGUUCCAGGCAUCUCCGCUUCUGCCCUCUGUAUUGCCUGGACGCAUGCAGCACCGGGAACAAGCAGGAGCAAUUGGAUGUCUGUGUGUGGUCUGUGCUUCAAUCCAGAAUUGUUUUAAUUGAUUGACAGAAAAUAAUAGUUUUCUGCCAUGGAGAACUCAGCUCUUCAGUUGCUUCCUUUUAAAGGAAACAAUGCACAAGGUUUAUGCCAUCAUUCUUUCCUGAAAACUUUUGAAUCCACUGCUCAUCUUCUAAAAGUGGCAGAGCAGUAAAUGCCUCAAGGCACUGAGUUCAUCCUCAUUAAAUGAAUAUGAUACUGCUUUGAGUAAGUCAAAAUAAAACAUUCAACUCCUUCUCUUUCCAAAAAAUGUGUUAAUAGCUCUGAAGUAGUCUCCUCAUUAGCUGUGGUCUGCACAGGUAAGCAGGUAGAAGGCAUUGAAGGCUCUUGAAAUUCAUUGGGUUUAUUGUAAGGCAGUAAGAUACAUCUGUAGGAGCAGCUUUUUCUUUUAGUUCUGCUUGUGAAAUGUCUUGCCAUAUUUAUAGUAAGGGUCAACUCUUAUAGUACUUAGGUUUGUUGUCUAGCAGGCACUAUUCUCAGUUCUUUAUGUCCUAGGAAAGCAUGGCUGCAUCCCACUUGGCUUGUCUGAUAUUUGUAAAUGGAGCUAAGGGAAGUCUCUUGAAUUUUUGCGUUAGGUCUGUACAGAGCUGAGAAAAUGGAGCCUUCUCUUUUACCACAGUUUGCAAACCUCAGUGCUUCUUUGAAAGUGUCUUCAAGUGAUAGGACCCUUCUGGCCAGCCUGAUUCAAAACUCCUUUGUACAACAGAUUUCUACAGACGUUCUGUUUUGCUGUAUUAGACUUGUAAUCACAGCUGCCAUAGAGAGGCAGUAACUUGGGGAUUUUUAACCUGAGCAGUGUCUUCAGUAUCUAUUUUCGUGUUAGGGGUUUGUAGUGUAUACGUUAAUCAUAGAAUGGCCUGGGUUGAAAAGGACCAUAAUGAUCGUAUAGGGGGGAUUGUCUGAACCCCAUCCCCCUUUUAUGUGCAGGGUCACCAACCACUAGACCAGGCUGCCCAGAGCCACAUCCAGCCUGGGUUAAUUUAGGUAAAAAGUUCUGUCUAAGGAACUUGAGAAUUGCCACACUGAACUGCAGCAGAGCACAAUCUAGUUUGAUGUUUUGGUUCUGAUAACGCUUAGUACCAGGUGCCUUAGACAAAUGGGUCUGAAAUCUCAGUAGUGAUCUGAUUAAUCUGUUACUAAAAGUGAAGUUACUUAGUUGUUCUUUCCUAACGUGGUGGUUCUUACAUGUAGUGUUUUGAUGCAUGUAACCUAGUGAUGAUGAGUUUAAAAACAAAACAAAUGAAACCAACAAAAGAACCCAGCACAACCAAAUAAAAAUGGCAGCUAAGCUUAUGCUUUCUGGCAUGGGUAGAGAGAGUAUCCUCCUGUAAGGCAGACCUAUAUGUGGCUUGCUGCUGCUUCUGCUGGCAGAGCUGGGAGUCCUGGGGGUUUGUCAGGCAGGCAGAAGCUCAGAAAUCGUUUGUUUUGAUCGUUCAUAGAAUUAAUUGGAGUAGAAGCUACAGGUAAACAGGGUUUCAUUCACAUGCCAGGGAAAUAAAUCAGAAAUAUAUUGCUUUACCUCAAACAGAGGUUAAGAUAUUUUGAUAUAUUACAGAUAUUUGAUGCAUAACAUCUGUUCUAAAAAUAGCUUGUAACUUACUUUGUGAAAAUGCUGCUGGACAUGGAGGAAUUAUAUGCUCUGAUGGAUCUGCUGCUUUCUAAGAUAAAAGCAGUUGUAUUCCCUUCCUAUCCUUUUCUUCAUAUAGAAAUUUCUAAGAAAAUACUUGAAAAUGACUUUCAGUUAAUUUGCAUUGUAGGCAACCCAAAGCUUCAUGUAUUUUAAUGGUAAAUUCAACAUUCUCAACGUAUCAAAUUUGAGUACUCGCAGUGAAUAACUGUUGUAGAGAUUGGCAAAAGCAGAAAACUACAGUUUUGGCAAUACCUAUUGAGGUAAGGGGAAGCAUUUCAUUUUCACAUGAGCAGAAAACAUUUGAUCACUGCUUCUGUGAUCAACAUCGAAACAAGAAAAUAUUGACAAGCAGUUACUGUAUUUUAAUGCAUAUAACCUAGGGUUUAUCUGUUGAAAAACAAAACUGCAAUUCAGCAGCACUGUAGGGAUCUGGAUAUGCACAGAUAAUACAAGGGGAAGUUUAUUCUAGGCCCUGUCUCCUUCAAAGCUUCACAGUGUCUGAUUUCCCUAUAGCCUGCAUCCUUUCCCAUAGUUUGCUCUCACCAUCCCAGUAGUCCCUCAGCUUCAGAGCUGUAUAUGUUGUCUGAGGUUCAGAUUGUGUAAAAUAAAAGAUGGUAUUAUCUUCAGCUUUCAGAGCUAAUUGCUCAUUGAAGUGAAUGAGGCUUUCUUAGCGAAAGAAAUUACUACGUGGAGCUUUGUUUUUUUUUGUUUUACGUUUUUUUGCCCAAAGAUGUGAUGUAGUUUGGCAUUUAUGUAUUGUAGUCUGAGGAGUCUAUACGGUGAUAUAUUUUGCAGCAUCGUUUAGGGCUUCAGAAAUGCAAAAAAAAAUGAGAUGUAGAAUGCACAGGACUUUUGUAUUCAUACUGUCAGGUUAGCACCACAUUUAAAUGUGCAGCUACAGUCCAUAGAGCUUGGAAUUUCAGACAUUGUUCCUAUUAUCCUUUGAAUAGAAACAGUAAAAGAAUGGGCCUGGAAGCCAGCAGGAAUUUGACAUCUGAGCAAAAAAUAUGUGCAUUUAGCUCUGUACUUUUUCUUUCUUUGUGAGCAGUGGCUGGGAUGGCUUUCAUGUUUUUAUAAUUCCAAAGAAACAGCUUCCCUUAAUUCUUCCAGUUUCUACGCAGUAGUUUUGCACUCUUUCUGAUACUUUUACAAGCAAAGUCCAAAGGACUUCUAAUCUCAUCAAGUUCAUGCCUUCAACUAAAUAAUGUUUCAACGAAUCUGUUCUCUGUACUACUGCUUUUUCGCUGAAACCACCAUGGUUACAGCAGAAUUGUGCUAUUCUGAGGCAUGGGUAUUUGGCUAAUGCACCUUUAGGUAUUUAUCCACCAUUCUAGUAUUGAUUUUUCCUUUCCUGCAAAUUGUGCAUAAUAGCAUGUGAAAUAUUCUUGGCACUGUUGUUUAUUAAACAAAGUGAGCAUAUCACAGGAGAAAUGAGAGUAAGUGUAACAAGACUAAGAAAUUAACGUAUAGCGGGAUAAUUGCACAAAACUAAUGUUAUAAUUCUCAAAGCCAGUAGAUUGAACUUAAUGUGGACUGUAACAGUGUGGCAGUGAAGGAUUUGGGAACUUCUCUGCCUGUGACUUUUUUGUGUGUGUUUUCAUCUUAAAAGAGCAAGCAAAUAAGCUCUCAAUCUUGAGGAGCAGUGAGAUGAGGGAAAUGGUGAGGGUAGAAGCAAAUCAUAAUGACACAGUGAUUUUCUUCAGUAAACUAAUCGAUCUCAGUAACAUUUUUGAAACUCAUUUUCUAGAGUAUCUCUUACCAGCAUCAUCUAUUAUUGAACCUAUAGUGAACACGGCUGCUGGACUGUUUUACCGGCUGCUGAAAAAAGCAAAAGAUGACAGGAGGCGUUCUGUUUGUUGGUAAGGCUGCACUUUGUAAUGCUGAGCUACAGUUACACAAACAGUGGAGAGAACCCCACUACAUCUUCUGCUGUUCUUAAAAUGUAAAUCUGAGAUGUUUCUCUUUAUGAAUUUUUUUUCAAACAAUCCCACAAAGUGGACUCCAGGUCAAAUUCAACAUUUGAAAGUAAUGUUUUGUAUAGCAUGGCGUUUUUCAAGAAGGAAGCCUGUGAGAUGUGUCUGAAGGCAGAUACCAGCUAUUUACUGAAAGCUAAUCAAUUGACCUCUGUUCCACAGUGCCUGCUUAUGUGCCUGUGGGAGCGGUGCUUAGUAGGUAGCUUACACCUUUUCAUUAAGGAAUAAGCUUUCUUGCACUUACCAUGUAGCAAGAGCAUGCGUGAAGUGGUUGCUGCUGAGCAUCUCCUACCUGUGAUAAAUUCGCACCUUCUUUUAUUUUGCAGUAAUGUACUUAUGUCUCUGUAUUAAAAGGUCCAGCUCUUUUUAAUAACCUCUAAAUAAAUCUCUCUGCAGGCAGAAGAUGGAAAAUGGUCUUUUUCCAGAGAUUAGAAAUAGUUAUUAAUGUUAAAAAAAAAAAAAAAAAACAAGCAUACUCUAGUUUUGCGGGCAUAAAGAAAUCCAUGUACACUGGCCAUUCUUAAGUAACUACAGGUACAUGUUGCAGUCCUUAACAGAUGAGAAAAACGAUCGUAGCUGCCCCAGUAUGUGUUCUGUGGUGCUCUAAGAGUUUAUUAUGUGAUUGUAUUGGACAUAUACAUAAGGCUUAUCUGGAUUCAUACUGGACUUGAGCUAAUCGUCUGGUGCUCAGACACACCCAGCUGGCUCUGUAGCACACUCUGCAAUCAAAUAUUCCUCACAUAUCUCCCAAUGCACCCAGUAUUAUCGAGAUUAUCUCCCCAUUAGUUUAAAUACUGGAGGCUUAACAGGAAGUCUGUGUUAUGCAUAUAAAUACUACACCUCGCAGUUCGUUGGUGAACACGUUAUUCCUGUUUUAUCCAUGAAGAAGCUGAGGUGUUGGCAUCAGUGUUUUCAAAGAUUGUACAACAGUUUUCAACAAAUUACUACCAGGAUCAGUACAAAAACAGGAAUGGUAUAACCACCAGGUGUGUAUUUUUCCCUUUAUUGUCUAUAGGCUCUGUAUGUCUCUGGAAUUAAAGAAGCAUGAUGUGCAAAGUACUGUUUCCAAAACCAUAUAUGUUUUAAUUCUCUAAAGGGGAGUAAGUAGCUGUUGAUGUUCUGUGAUAGGGAUUUUUUUGAGCAACCAAAUUUCCUCAGUUCCAAUUUCUUUGGUGGAUUCAGAUUUGUCUCCAUGAAAGGUAGGAGUGUGUCAAAAAUGGCACAAGGUGGAAAGAGUGAGAUCGUUAAUCAGACACUGGAAAGGUUUGUGCUGAAGGAACCUUUUGACUACACAUAACAAAUUGUCUGCCUUAAUACUGGUGAUAUGGGGAACCGUCUGUGUCUCAAGGUCUUGGACUGCCAUUUUGGGAGGCAAGGAGUUAGUUGGGGGGUGGAAAAACUGGAGUUUGUAUUCUUUCUGCUCUGUUACCCAUUGCUAUCUUCAUGGAUCUGACACUCUGUUUAUCUGACAGUGCGCUCAGUACUGCUUCGCCAGGGAAAAUUGCACAAAACAAGCCCAGUGCAUCAGCAUUUUCAUUGUGUAUUGAGCUGAGCCUCCCUUCACAUGGUCACAUCCCCUUUUUAAUCUGGGAUUCCAUGUCCCUUUCCCAGUCCAGCCUGUUUCUGUGGUGUCUAUUGCUGGUCUCCCUGAGCUUCUGUUUCUGUGGUUUGAGUGUUUUUUGUGUGGCCGAGUGUUAAGACCUGCAGGACUUUUGGAAGUGGCGUUGUUGAGGGGUUAGGCAAUACACUGAGUUAGUGUUAGUAGUUUGUGACAGACUGAGGUGAUGGCUGCCUUCAAGUUGGAUUUUCUCCCAGAGAUGAUGGUGGACCAUUGCUCCUUGAAUGCUAGCCCUGUCUCAAAGAAAAUGAAUGGUACACUGGAUCACCCAGAUCAACCUGAUCUAGAUGCUAUCAAGAUGUUUGUGGGUCAGGUCCCACGGAGCUGGUGUGAGAAAGAUUUAAGAGAACUUUUUGAACAGUAUGGUGCUGUCUAUGAAAUCAAUGUCUUGCGAGACAGGAGCCAAAACCCUCCUCAAAGCAAAGGGUGCUGUUUUGUUACAUUUUAUACCCGUAAAGCUGCACUAGAAGCACAGAACGCUCUUCACAACAUGAAGAUUCUCCCAGGGAUGCACCAUCCUAUCCAGAUGAAACCAGCUGAUAGUGAAAAGAAUAAUGCAGUAGAAGAUAGGAAGUUGUUUAUUGGAAUGAUAUCAAAGAAGUGCAAUGAAAAUGAUAUCCGAGUGAUGUUCUCACCCUUUGGGCAGAUUGAAGAAUGCAGGAUAUUACGGGGCCCAGAUGGGCUGAGCCGAGGUUGUGCAUUUGUGACUUUUACAACAAGAGCCAUGGCGCAAACAGCAAUCAAAGCAAUGCACCAAGCACAAACCAUGGAGGGUUGCUCUUCUCCCAUUGUGGUAAAAUUUGCAGACACGCAGAAGGACAAAGAGCAGAAACGAAUUGCUCAGCAACUCCAGCAACAAAUGCAACAGAUCAGUGCUGCCUCUGUAUGGGGAAACCUGGCUGGUCUCAACACGCUUGGACCGCAAUACUUAGCACUUUAUUUGCAGCUCCUUCAGCAAACAGCAGCAGCCUCGUCUGGGAACCUGAACACGUUGAGCAGCCUCCACCCAAUGGGAGGACUGAAUGCGAUGCAGUUACAGAACCUAGCUGCGUUAGCAGCUGCAGCCAGUGCAGCUCAGAAUACACCAAGUGGCACCGCUGCACUCACCUCCUCCAGCAGUCCCCUCAGUGUGCUCACCAGUUCAGCAGGUUCCUCACCUAGCUCCAGUAGCAGCUCUUCUGUUAAUCCCAUGGCUUCUCUUGGAGCAUUGCAGACACUGGCAGGGGCUACAGCAGGCCUGAAUGUUAGCUCUCUAGCAGGCAUGGCAGCUUUAAAUGGAGGACUUGGCAGUGGUGGUCUUUCAAAUGGGACAGGUAGCACAAUGGAAGCUCUCACGCAGGCUUAUUCUGGAAUCCAGCAAUACGCUGCUGCUGCAUUGCCCACACUCUAUAACCAGAGUCUCUUAACACAGCAGAGUAUUGGUGCAGCAGGAAGUCAAAAAGAAGGUCCAGAGGGAGCCAAUCUGUUUAUCUACCAUCUCCCCCAGGAGUUUGGGGAUCAAGAUCUGCUGCAGAUGUUUAUGCCAUUUGGAAAUGUUGUCUCUGCCAAGGUUUUCAUUGAUAAGCAGACCAAUCUAAGCAAGUGUUUUGGUUUUGUAAGUUAUGACAAUCCUGUCUCUGCACAGGCUGCCAUUCAGUCAAUGAACGGCUUUCAGAUUGGCAUGAAGCGUCUGAAAGUACAGCUCAAGCGCUCUAAGAAUGACAGCAAGCCAUACUGAGCGCCCCUCCCCUCCGGGACUGGAGUGAGAAGGAUCUUUUGGUAAGUUGGAGAGGAGCGCACUUAGUGAUUCGAAGCCCUAAGGCUGUGUUUUUACAGUCCUGGAAGCUGAUCCAUGCCGUUCUAUCUGGCACGUCUUCCCCUGAAGACUCGGCUGCAGCCUCUACUGAGAAUCCUGCUUCGAAUGAAGGACAAGUUUGUGCUUUUGUUUCCAGUGUUUUACUUUGGAGUUUAGGUGCCAUAUCGCUGAGGUUUUUUUUUUUCCCUUAUUUAAGUUUGCUGUGUUUGUAACCAGUGUGUGUUGAGAAGGACCAAUGCCAGCUCCUUGGGGGUGGGGAGGUAAGGUCAAAGGGAGCCGCAGAAACUGAAACCACACUGCCUUGGGGUAGAGAAAAGAAGGGGAAGCAGAACUGACACCACACUGCCAUGGGGAGAGGAGAAGGGAAAGCAGAAAUAACACUGAACAGCUGAUGGAAACAAAGAUGGGGAAGGAAAACAGAGUUUAUCUAACUUUGGGUGAGCAAAGAACCAACUCCAAAUAGCCUUUGUCAUGCCACACCCACUCUUUGAUGCUUCCUUAACUGUAUGCCAUGGUGAGGAAUUAAUAAAUCAUCUCUAAAGCAAGACAGGCUGAAAGGGUGAACACAUUAACGAGCCAAAGGAAAACUGCAGUGUUUUUUUGUUUGCUGUAUAUGAAAUAGUGUGUAUGUAGCACUGUGAAUGUACACAGCACUUUAUAAAAUUAGAUAAUGUCUGCCCAGAAAAAUUCACUGUUUACUGCUGAAUGUUAAUGAGAUGCAGUGGAUUUCACAUUUUUAAGAGAACUUAUUCUUUAACUAGGUUUAGGGAGACACAGCUUAGAGUCUGGAUGAAUACGUCUGAGGCUGGAAACAGGAAACUUUCGAUCUCUGAUAACCUGCAGAAUUUUUUCACCAGUUUUUUUUCCUAACAGUUCAUUACAUUCUCCAUUUCUAUGGAGUAAUGUCCUUUUCACAGACUAUUAUUUUGAAUUCAUUCUGAUAAGCCUAAUAUGUGCUGUUUGUUUCUCUGUUAAAAUAACUGUUAAAUUGAGAUACAAAGCAUGGAGUUAACCUAAAACAGCUCUUGAAGCUCCUGCUUUCUACGUGUUUUUAUAGGAUUUGCUUUCUUGGUCUUUCUGUUACAGAGAUAAUUACCUAUUUAAAAAAAUAAUAAUCUAAUUUGUGCAGUGAUAUAGUCUAGUAGAUAGCUAUUUCUUUAUACUGCAGUUUUCCUUUAAGGUGGUGUGUACCAGUGCAAAAGCAGGGCUAACAAACUUUCAAAGCAAAGCAUUGAGCCAUUCAGUCUUAUUCCACAUUUUGGUACCAUUAUCUUUUAUACUGAAGGAAAAUUGAACACAACCCUUCAAUCAGCACAAACUUUUUUUUGCACAUGUGAAAUUGCUAGUGCAUUGCUAUAAGGGCCUUAUACCCUGGUUUUAGGGGCUCAAAGGACUUUUGACACUCUGGCCUGAGUUGUUAUAAGAAAUCAGAGUAGAGUCCUGUGUUAUAACCACCAAAACCCACCUCUGUCACAAGAGAAAGUUUACAAUUUCUGUGUGUCUUUAACAAAAAUUCCAUUUACCUCAUAUUUUCUCCUUGUCCUUGUUUCCUUUGUAUUUCCAGUUGUUGAUGCUGUUUCCCAGGGCAUGAGCUAUUGCUGCAGCUUGGGAGUCAGCUGCUAAAUAAUGAAUGUGUGGAGUCAGACAUAGGGUUUGGACUUUCUGUUCUGCUCCAGCAGGAGGAGCACUAAACCCAUCAAGCCGUCAUGUUCAGUCUGUGCACCCACGAGCAGUGGGCUGUUGGGAAUCUCAUGCAUUCCCAUUCUCAAACCUCAGAAGUACAAGGCCUGACCCAUAGCAGAAGAAAAGCCCUUUUCAUUGUUAAAUUGAAAAUCAGUUAGUUGGUGCCUGUAGAUAUUGAUGGCACAUAGGCAAACCUAUCAGUAUUAUUCAAAUUAUUUUGUGGUGGCAAAGGUUUAAAGGCCAGAUUGCCAAAUUUCCCAGUUAUGCUGGCAUGUGGUACCCUUCAAUGUUAUUUAUUUGGAUCUCUCUAAAAACGUGAACACUUAAGUGAGCCAUGUACACUUGAAUUCUACAUGAUGGGAAAGAUGUGUCCUGGUUUUCUGAGAAGAGAGUGUUGGAGUGUGAAGGCCUCCAGGGUGAUAAUGGGAUUUUUUAUAAAUAAUAUACUUUUAAAAAAAAGAAAAAAAAGAAAAAAAUAGUUGGGAGCAGCUGCUCCAGGUGCAACCUGCUGUAACCAAGAAUGUUGUUUCUAUUUUUAUAGAAGUUUUAUACCGCUCCAGGGUGGAGAGUAUUUAUUACCUAAAUUAUUUCACUGGAAAAAAAAAAGGCCAGGGUUUUGUAGAAUCCUGAAUGUGAUUGUUUUACACUCAUAACGAUGUGCACAAUUGAAACUACUGAGUGGCCUGUUUGCAGCCCAACAACUGCCAAAUGGGAGAGAUGAAUGCUGUGAACCAGUGGAGGAGAGCACUGUGCUCUGGGGUCUCUACAGUCACUCUUACCUUCUUUGCACCCUACCCCACUGUGCUAUCUGAGAACUUUGUCUCGUUUUUCUUUUAAUCUGAUGCUCUGGCCGCUUUUAGUAGUCAUUUUAGUUGCCCAAAAUUAGACAUUUUAGCUUUCACAUCCUACAGCUUGUCCUCAGUGCUGUGACUUACAGAUCAAGCUGGGCAUUGUUGCAGGUAGGUGCUUAGGAGAUUGACCUUUACACUGUUUGGUCACUGACUCCUCCCAGACAUAACCACCUUAGACAGGUAACUUGGGCUAGCUCUUGUGCCUUACUGGCAUAACUAUAUUAUAAGUAUUGCCAAAAAGGAAAAAAAAAAAAAAAAGAAAGAAAGAAAAAAGAAAAAAAAAAAGACAACAACUAUGCAGGUUAAAUUCUAAAAUAUGUGAUCCUCAGUUAGUUUGAAUCGAUGUAGUUCUGCUUUCUUCAGUAGAGCUGCAUCAAUUUUCACCAGCUGAAGAUGUUGCCCUUUUUCUGUAUUUGUUUGAGAUUUCCCUUUUUUGGUGUAUCAGUGUAUAUGUUGCCAAAGUUAAUAAAUGUAUCUAGUUUGUGACUUCAGCAGAUUUUUCUUCUGAUAACAGAACCGGUCAGAUAAAGUCAACAUUCCUGUGUCUUUCUGGUGGCUGCUGCUCAAUCUAGAGACUUAGGUUCUUCCCUUCCAGUUCUAAGUCAGCUUUCUUCCUCACUGUCUGUCAGGAAGAAAAGUCUGAGACUGCUGGGAAGGAAGCUUGGGGUUUAUUUUAUCUUAUUUUUAAUUCCUGUCAUGCUCUUAUUCAAGCACAAAACAGAUCAGUCAGCUCUUGGGACCUGAUGGGGGCAAACUGCCCAAAACAAAAAAAUUGGAUUCUGAUUAGUAUCUGAUGUGAAAGGAUAUAUCAAAAUACUUUGAGUAAUGCUUAGAAAUAAGGAAAUUAUCUGCAGAACAACAAUUAAGUAAUAGGAAUUUAAAAAGAAUUUAAAAAGCAUGCUUGUAUAGGCCAGGGACAGAGAUUGGAAGGAAUGUUAAAAAGGCGUGAGAAACAGAAGUACCAAAACCAUUUGGGGGCAAACUUGACUCUCUCUUGAUAUUAUGAUAUUAGAAACUAUCAUCAGAUGUUUCUUGAUUACAGUCUGUUCUUGUGUCAAACACUUUACUCUUGGAUAGCUCAAUAAGGAUCGGAUGAGUUCAAAUAAACUGUAGAGGGAUUGGCUUAAUUAGCCACACAGGCAAAAUUUUCUUUAAACUCAAGCCAAAGAAUCUGAUUUUUUUUUUUUUUUUUACAACAAAGCCUAGUGAGACUUCUCAUGAAAUAGAAUUGCAUGUUACCUGUGUCACCAGAAAAUACUUGAGUAAUUUCUAGGAGCAAGAUGGAAAUGUGUCUGCUUCAUACAUUUCUCUCAGAAGACAUUUGACUUUACUAGAUCUACUGUAAUAAUAUGAAAGUAUUAUGAAUGAUGAAAGUCUUAGUCUGGUGCUACUUAGUAUCUAGUACCAUUGCAAAUGAACUCAUCGAUUCUUCUGCCUCACAGAUUACCAACAGUCCAAAAUUAGAAACCUCCCUAUAAAUUAUUCUUUCCCCUUCUGCAAUACAGGGCUUGCACUGUUAGAAAAUGCCUUUGAUACAUAGUCUUUAAAUUUGAAGUCUAAGCAGAAGAGAAUUGGAAUUUCUCAGAAGUAUGAGACAAUGACAGUGAAUAUCUUUAUAUUUUAAUGAUGAAAUAGAAUCUACAGCUAGUAAAGUAUUCUCUGGAAGGUAGGUACCUCAGAAAAUUUCUGACCUUCAUAAAUCAAUGCAGGAAAAAGUUUUAAAUCUGAAUAACGAGUUACACAUUGUGAUGGUUUUUGCUUGCAUCAUACAGCCAACUGAAGUGUUUCUUGUUAAUAGUUGUGAGGUAGGGAUGGGCAACUGAGCAGAAUCCAUCUAGUUAUGAAGUUGUUUCUAAGUGUUUUUUUUGGAAGCACCUUAAAAACAAACAAACAAAAACUUGAAUAAAGCAAGCUGCAAAUGAGGAAUGUUGCUAUGAGCAGGCAAAAUACUUUGAAAGCUUUUUGUUGCAGACGUUUAAACAUAAGGGUGUUCUACAUCCCUGAGCAUACUUACUACAAAGUAUAAGCUACAGAAUGCAGAAUAGUUGCAUUACGUUAUCACAGCUGUGAGAAUAAAACAAGGGCAAGCUGAAAUAACUGUCCCCAAAUAAGUGAGUCCUCAUUCAGUUUCUCAUGGCUCUGUUCUUGUAGGACAGUCCUUCCUAAUGGCUUUAUUGGAACUUAGCGACUUUGAGUGGAAAUUUUAAGUGAAAUAUUUGAAAAAUCUAUUCAAAAAGCCUAAACAAAUCACACUCUCAAUUCCUAAUGGUGCAUGCUAGAUGUCACUUGAUUUCAUGCCUUGUAUUCUGUCUCAUGCCUCAGAUCAUGAGAAGUUUGUGGUUAGGAUUUAAAACCUCACAGCUAGAGCAUUUCUAGAACCGUGGAAAUAAUUGCAAGAGUUGCAUUGUACUCUGCUGGAGUUUGUUUCAACUCCAUGUUAAGUCCUUUCUCUAAACUGGAAAGUAUGAAGAGCAAAGUAAUCUCAGCAUUUUUUUGUAAGUAGUCUUACAGUUUUAGGGGACAAUGUACUGCCUUUUGCUUUGGAGCUAGAAUACAAUCUUUGUAUUUCUGAACAUACUAUGAAUAAUAUAAUAUGAAAGUCUCAUCCUGCACUAGUCUGUAACCUCCAGCUUUGAGAGGUGCUGAGAAAAGGCAGCAUACAGGAGAUAGAACAGAGUUCACAGAGUGGAGAAAAGCCUUGUUUCCUCUCUUCUCUGCUUCCCACGCUCUUCCCAAAACCUUUCUUCUCUUUUGCAGUUUGGAGGGUGAGGGGAGGAAACAAACAUGUAUCAACAUUUAAGAAUUAACAGAUUUAUAAACCUUACAAAAGGUUCGGGAAACAUAUUUUUCUAUUCUUCAAACUGGCAACAGUGACUGUAGAGCUUCUCAGAGCCCAGAAUCCCCUCCUUGCAAAGCCAGGGAGCUGGGGGCUGUUUGUAUAAGAGGCUGGGAAAGGAAAAUCCCUGUGCAGGUCUAAUGGUAUGGAAAGUGCUCAGCUAGGACAAGUCUUAACUAGCAGUCAAGUCUUAAGGAGUUUUCUAAUGUGUAGGGGUUUUGGUUCCACUUACUUGUCUUGUAUAAUCUUCUUAUUUUUCUGUUCCUAACUACCCAACUCCAGUUUCAUGGGCUAGUAGCGAAUGAGAAUGGGCUGUAGCUGAAGGAAAGAACAUGGAUUUCCUGGGCUACCACUGCCUAUGAACUUCCCAUGUUAGGAUACUAGAAAAGUCUCAGCUGUCAAACCACCUGUGAAUCCCCUUGAGUCCUCUGUCUUGUCUCUCACAGUCUCAAUCUCUGUGGUUGACUGUGAGCACUGGAGCCCUAUUUUUUUUGGAAUCAGUCUCCUGAGGAGAGUGCUUGCUCUGUUCCUCUCUUAAACAGAGCUAGUGGAGACCUUGGGCACAGGACAGGUUGGACACAUACUAGUCAGUGUGGCACUGGCAUGCUCCACAGAGUGGAUGCUGAGGGAAAUCGAGGCCUCUGUUUCCAUUUAGUUUCUGGCAGUUUGAUGUUUACUUGGUGUCCUUCAUGUACUUUGACUUUUACUUGUCCAUCGUUGGCAUGUGCUGCCCUUCCCUGUCAACUCCCUUCCCCAGGAGGUCUCAUUGUACAGUGCCCAUUCUUGUUCUCUCUCUCCUUGUUUGGAUGUACUGCUCUGUGUAACUCAGUGGGUCUCCCUCUUUCUGGUUUGUUUUUUUCUAGAUUCCUGCCGUUUGUUCAUCGUUGUGCCUAAAGCAUGUCGAUGUGGCGUUCAAGUACAUCGUCCAAAUCCUUGUCUCUUCAGCUUCUCUGAUGCUUGAACUCUCACCUUUGACCUUGUGUUGACCUUUGAUGCUGAUGUGUAUUUUUAUUAUGUUUGUUUCUUUCUUUGUUUUUUUUUUUUUUGUGCUGCCAAAUUGGUUUUGCUAGAAAGACUGCUGAAGGGGGAAUAUUUAAACUUGCAUUUGAAUAUAAAAGAAUUUCUAUUUUUCUAGACCUUCGUAAGAUAACCACUUGAUUUUGUGAAUCUGAUUCUUUGUAAUUGUCUUCAGAGCAGCCUUGCUAGCAUACCUUGUGGAGUGUUUGUAUUUCUGUGAACAUACAGCCAAUCACUUUCUAGGCUUAGUUUUUUCUGUGUGCUUAGUUUUAAAAACACAGUUUUGAAGAAAAAGUCAAUUAUGUCGUGUGAUUCGAUUUUUGAGGAGACUUCCUAGUCACAUUUUGCUGAUCUGGUUUCUGUGCUUGAGGAGACAGCAUGUGUUUUUUGAGUUCGAACUUGUGACUUGAGUGGCAUCAGCAGAAAACACUUGAACUACAUUUUCUUCCGAUUGUAGCUACAUUUUUGCCCUUGCAUUCAUUGAUUUUUUUUUAUUUUAUUUUUUCCCUCGCUUCCCUGUGUGAUUAUCAGUCUGCAGUGAAAAUUUGAUCGAAGUUGAUGUUGUAUUUUGUUAAGCCCCAGCAUGCUUGUUUUUUUCGUAACUACAAUCUCCUCAGCAAAAUGUGAUGUUUUUGUUUUAUUCUUUCAAACUGAGAUCAUGCCCAGAAACGUUUUGCAUGUUUCCUGCUGUUUUCUUCACACCCUCGUAUAUAUCACCUUCACCUCUCUGUUUUCUAUAGUUUGUGCAAAAACUGAGCAAUUUAAUGGGUUUCAAAGGUAUCCUUUUUAAAUUGGUGUUUUUGGUAUGACAAAUAUCUGAUCAGAAGCCACCUGAGGGCAUCUACCUGUGCACUUAGACUGUCUGCCUGACAGAGCACCUGGACAUUGUUCCAUCUCCAGCACUGUCAGAGGCUCUUGGGGGCUGGGCUACACUGUUCCUGUAGUAGGAGUCUUGGUGGAAGGGGAUAGCUGGGAAGCAGGAAGAUGGGCAAACUUCAUGGUGUUUCUAUUACUAAAGUUCUCUGAAGCUAGGGCUCCUUUGAAACACUCUUUACUAGUACUUUAUAUAAUUCAGGGCACGUUUUUAUGAAACCCAGCCUCAGCUUAAUACCAUCAAUCAGACUCUGGUGGUGGUGGCAGGAUCCUGGAAAGAUCUGGGGUAGCUCUUGAAAUAAAGUAUUUGAAAUAUUCUAGAGAAAGCAUUUGUAAACCUAGUCAUACAACUGCUGGCUCUUUUCCCAAGUGACAAGCACAAUACGACAGCCUCUGAAGCUGUUACCUGAACAGGGUACCAUCCCCAGCUGUCUUCUCAAGGGCCUUAGCUGGGGAAUCUCUACGGAGAUUUUUUAGUUUUUGUUUAGUUUUUAAUUGGGUAAUGAGCUGAGCGGUUUUUCUGGCUUGCAGAAUGAAUGAGAACAGAUCACUGCUUUCUGCAUGGCAGGCUUCCCCCAACCCUACUCAAGAUCUGCACAGGUAGAAAGUGGAAGGUAGCUUUUAGUUGAAGGCGCCUGAAGGGUGUUGUGCUGUGGUGAAGUUUCAGUCAAAAGGAGAAGAGAGCUAGUGUAGAUAUCUUAACAGUGUAAAAUAACAUUAAAUGAAGUCCCAGGAGAAAGGAGUUUGCUGAGAAAAUUAAUUAUUUUGAUUGGAUAGAAAUCAUACUCUUGUCCAGUGUUUGGGAUAAUGAAAAUGCAGUGAAGAUUCCAUCCCAAUCCUGAGUUGGCUGAGGAUACUAUACCGUUGAUAGAUACUAGUUAGAUCUGCGUAGACAGUCUUUAAGAAGCUGAAGGGACAGAAUAUUUUUGGGAUUUGGUACAUAUACCUGGGAAUGAAGUGUGAGGCUGGAUGAGAAAAGGAUAGAGACUUGUUUAUUUUGAAGGUAGGGUUGUGGGCUGGCUGCUGUUAGUCCCACAGUCUGAAUGCACAGGGCUGGGUGUCAGUGGGGACACUGAUACCCUGCAGUGUAUUGAGUAACUGCCAAUACAUUUCUGUACGUGCGCAUUUGGUUCCGUAAGGAACUCUGGGGAAACCUGUGGAAAAAUAUCUGAAGAAAACCAAAAUGCCAAACGUUGGAUGUUUCUUUCCUUUCUUAUUUCCUUUCCUUCCUUUGGUUGUUUUAAUUGUUCUAUGGUGGUUUUAAUGGAUUUGAGACAGUGGAGCAGCAGCUGCCUUUCUGAUUUUUGGCUGCUUUUUGUGAAUAAUUUAAAAAGAAAAUUUACAUUUUGGAGACAAACCUGUGGGCUUUUUUAUUGGUACAAACAUUGUAUUUAACACUAGGGGUUUUGUACAGUUUUUUGCCUUUUCUACUAGAAAACAAUGUAAAGUGAUUCACAAUGUGAUGAGAAAACAAAUUGCCACUAUGACCAAAUGUAGAGUCUGUUCUGCAGUAAUGGGAUUUAAUCAACUCGAAGUCGUGGUUCAGUCAUAGAAAUGCUUUUCUUUACCUUGUUUGAGCUGUUCCUUUAUUUUUCUUGUUUUGAUUUGCAAAACAAAAUGUCUUUUUGUGUGAAAUUGUGUUGUACUCUGUAGAGAAUUAUGGAUUUUACUUCAAUGGUUUAAGAAGCGGAGGAGCACAUUUUGCUUUUCUGAUGGCAGAGCUUGUGUAGUGGAUUUAAAAAUGAAAAGAUUUGUUACAAGUUUGGAUCAAGCGAGUAUGUGUUAAAGGAAUUUUCUUCCUUUUGUGUGUGUGUUGUUUUUUUUUUGUCCCAAAGGGCAACUUAAAGCUGUUUUAAUUGCACAGACACACCGACAAUAAGUCAUUUUGUAUAUGCCAAGUGUGGUACCUUCCUUUGUUUAUUUGCUAUUAAACUGUUUGAGAAGA